AUGGCUUCCCUUAUUUUCUGGAACUGUAGGGGGGCCAAGAAGAAGGAGCCUUCCCUCUAUCUCAAUGAGAUAGUGAAAGAUUAUAAAGGUUGUUUUAUUGGUCUUGUAGAGACUAGAAUCUCAAUCUUUGACAUUCUUGAGGUUGAUAAAGUUAUUGGAAGGGAGUGGGAUUUCUUUCACCAUCCUGAUGAAGGUAAUUCAAGUGGAAUCAUUAUUUUAUGGAAUAGAAAUAAUGUUUCCUUUGAAUUCAUGGAUCAUUCUUCUCAAAUUGUUAUUGGGAUGCUUAAAUCUCCUUUGUUUGGAUCAUGGAUGGUGGGGACCGUGUAUGCAAACAAGGAUUAUCGUAUAAGGAGAAGUUUAUGGGAGAUGCUUGAAAAAUCCACUAAAGAAGACAUUCCUUCAAUUGUUGGAGGAGAUUUUAAUUGCUUAUUAUCUAAUGAUGAUAAGAGAGGUGGCAAGAGGUUCCUUUUUUCAAAAGGACCUCAAGAGAUGAAAUUGUUUAUGACUAACAAUGAUUUUCAUGAUGUAUGUACUAUUGGUCCUAAAUACACUUGGUGCAACAACAAGGAUGGAAAUAUGAGAAUAUGGGAAAGACUUGAUAGAUGCCUUCUCAAUGCGUCUGCUCUUAAAAAAGUUCCCUUGGCUCGUGUUAGACACUUAGCAAUGAUUGCAUCCGAUCAUUGCCUUAUAGCUUUCAAAAUGUUGGAAGCAUAA